ACAUUAUUCAACCCGGAACUGUGAAUGUGAUCAAUUAUUAGAACUCUCCGAGAACUUUGAACGCAAUGUAACAGCCCACCGUUCGAAAAGAAUCAAAUCACUGUCGCCGUCUCGCGCGAACAAAGCGCGAAUGUUUAUCCGCUCCGCGAUCUCGCAGAGUCUGAUUUUUCCCUGCUCUCCAACAGGUUGUAGACAUUAAUUUCUCAACAUGCCACAACAAAAGGAUAUAGUAAAGAUCGCCAUUCAGAUGCCGGGCGCAUACCCGCAGCUCAUUCAGCUAGACCAGAAAAAGCCCCUCACUGCUGUCAUAAAAGAAGUUUGCGACAAGUGGAAUCUUCCGGGUCCUGACAAUUAUGCUCUUCAAUAUGCAGAUGGGAUCCAGAUGUACAUCACUGAAUCUAACCGCCUAGACAUCAAAAACGGCAGCAUCCUGCGUUUAACCAAAGCGCCAGGCCGUUGUGCUGAGGAUCUGUAUAAAGGCAUUCAGAGUUCAGACUCAGGCGUGCGCUGUGACUCUCUGAAGCUGCUGGCCAGUGUCUCCACCGACAUCACAUUCGCUCAAGAGUUUAUCAGCCGUGAUGGACACUCCCUCCUCGUCAAGAUAGUAGAGGACGCUCAAGAGGCUCCUCUUAUAAUGACACACACUCUUACUGCUUUCAUGGAGCUCAUGGAUCAUGGCAUUGUGUCCUGGGAAAAUCUGUCCAGUGUCUUUAUCAAAAAGAUCGCCAACUUUGGGAAUGCAAAGGUUCUAGACACGUCUAUCCAGCAGGUGUCACUGGCUAUCCUGGAGAGCAUGGUGCUCAGCAGCAGUAGUCUGUUUAAUGAGGUCAAACAAGAAAUCACCCUGGAGAGACUCCUUUCCCAUCUGCAGGUAACAAACCAGCAGCUGCAGACUAAGGCCAUGGCUCUGCUGAUGGCGAUGCUGCUGGCUGGUGGCGAGGCAGACAGACAGGAGCUCUUUGAAUUCCUUGAGAAGAGGAAUCUACGCCAAUACAUUCACAAGAACAUCAUCCACAGCUCUAGUUCAGUUGGAGAUGAGAUGGCCCACUACCUGUAUGUGCUGCAGACGGUCCGUCUGAACCACCUGGAGGCCCGUAUGAGGACGCCUCUGGACUCCUACAACCAGGAGCAAAGGGAGAUGCUUCACGGGCUCAGGCAGGCUGCCUUUGAGACGGAAAGCGAGAGCGGUCUGAGUAAUGAACGCAGACGUUCCCUCUGCGCUAAAGAGUUUAAGAAACUCGGCUUCUCUAAUAACAGUAAUCCUGGUCAGGACCUGAGCCGGUGUCCUCCGGGUCUCCUGGCGUUGGACACUAUGGCAUAUUUUGCCUCCCGUUACCCUGAUGCUUACAGCAGGUUUGUGCUGGAGAACAGCAGCAGAGAGGACAAGCACGAGUGUCCGUUUGCCCGCAGCAGCAUUCAGCUCACCCUCAUCUUGUGCGAGAUCUUGCGCAUCGGUGAAGCCCCCUCUGAGACCGGUUCAGACUAUCAUCCCAUCUUCUUUGCUCAGGACCGGCUUCUGGAGGAGCUUUUCUGCAUCUGCAUUCAGCUCCUCAACAAGACGUGGAAGGAGAUGAGAGCCACCCAGGAGGACUUUGAUAAGGUGAUGCAGGUGGUCCGGGAGCAGAUCACCAGGACUCUGUCCAGCAAGCCCACAUCUCUAGAGCUCUUCAAGAAUAAGGUGAACGCACUGAACUACAGCGAGAUCCUCAAACUGAGACAGACGGAGAGACUCCACCAGGAAGAGACGCUUGCUCCACCUGUGCUUGAGCUGAAGGAGCGUCUGAAGCCGGAGCUUCUGGAGCUCAUCCGACAGCAGAGACUGAACCGUCUGUGUCACGGAACACUCUUCCGGAAGAUCAGCAGCCGCCGGAGGCAAGACAAGCUGUGGUAUUGUCGGCUCUCUCCUAAUCACAAAGUCCUGCACUAUGGAGAUGUGGAAGAGGACAUGGAAAUGCCCUCCAUUGAGGCGCUUCAGGAAAAGAUUCCUGUCGCAGACAUUAAGAAUGUGGUCAUGGGGAAAGACUGUCCUCACAUGAAGGAGAACAAGGGGAAACAGACGAAGGAAGUGUUGGACUUGGCUUUCAGCAUCACAUACGAUGUUGAAGAGUAUAGCUUGAAUUUCAUCGCCUCUUCCAGAACAGAUUUCUGUCUGUGGACUGACGGCCUCAGUGUGCUCCUGGGUAAAGAGAUGAGCAGCGAGAGCAUGCGCAGCGAACUAGAGAUUCUCCUCUCUAUGGAAAUCAAGCUCCGCCUCCUGGACCUGGAAAACGUCCCAAUCCCAGACACAGCACCGCCAAUCCCCAAACCACCCAGCAACUUCAACUUCUGCUACGACUUCAGCCAAGCCGAACAAUAACACGAGCCAUAAGCUUGUGGUCCACAGCGGUUACGCCAUUGCCAAGACAUGGCAGAAGUGCAGGUUUUGGAUUGGGAGACGUUUGAUAGUAUUACAGGGCUUGAAAUGAGAGCGAGAGAGAGAGAGCACUUGGUGAUAACAUGUUUAUCUGUGGUGCUGUGCUGCAGUGAAUAAGACGGUCUUGCGUUGAGUGUUUUUAUUAGUUAAAGGCCUGACGUGUUGUAUCUAACGUGCCUUUUUUGUCGAAUCUCGUAUAAUAGACCUGUCUGAAAUUCUCAGGUUUGAACGCACACUUUUCGUGGUACUUAUUUAGCUUCUACCAAAAUUGUACUAAAAGGCAUUACAUCAAGCAGCUUUCUUGGACGGGGGGGAAUCAAGUAUAUGUUAUAAACAUUUGUGCUUAAUGUUGGCAUCCUUAUUCAUUCCCAUACAGUUUAACAUAUAUUACAAUAGCUGAUGAAUAGUUUAUCAUUGGAAGAGCACUGAUGUGUCACGUUUCUGUUUAUACCAAUAUGCAUUGGCAGCAUUUUCAUUCAAGUCUGUUGCAAUUAUUAGGUGCACAUUAAAGGUCAGUGUGCUGGAUUAAAUAAGUGAUCAACAAAUGUGGUACUGAAGUGGGAUUGGAAAAUGGUUUGGAGAUAUUUAGUGUGUUGUUAGAGGAGUGGUUUGGCCAAGUGGUUUGAAUAUUAUCGGUGCGAUCUGAUACUUUCAUAUUCAUUUUUUCAGUUUACUUGAUGUAUACAACUUCACGUUUUAUUUUGGUCCGACUGUUCCAUUU